GAGCUCGUGUCUGUUUCCUGUGCACUAGUGGAGCAGCAUGGCUUCAUCUGCGAAAAGGCGAGCUGUUGAAACUGGACAAAAUCCCCAGGACAGCGACGAAAGCUCGGACGAGGGUCUGGAAGACUCUGGCGACGACGACAGCGAAAAUUCAGAAGAAGAAAUAAACGAGGAGGUUAUUGUGGACUUCGAAGCACACACGAUCUCUGACAACGACUUUCACGGCAUCAAAACCCUUCUUCAACAGCUGUUUCUGAAGUGUCACGUGAACACUUCUGACCUCACUGACAUCAUCAUCCAGCAGAACCACAUCGGCAGUGUCAUCAGGCAAGCUGAAGUGCCGGAGGACAGUGAUGAUGAGGGCGACCCGGACGAGGUGUUUGGCUUCAUCAGCAUGGUGAACCUCACCGAGAGACAGGGCGUGGAGUGUCUGGAGAAGCUGAAGGACAUGAUUCUGGAUCAGUGUGCGAAGUGCAGUCCUCCUGAUGUGCAGGAGCGGAUGGAGAAUCUCCUGCAGGGAACCGCUCAGUCCGUCGGGCUCCUGCUGAGCGAGAGAUUCGUCAACGUCCCGCCGCAGAUCGCUCUGCCCCUGCACAAACAACUGCAGAAGGAAAUGGCUGAAGCUCAGAGGACCAAUAAACCCAGUGGUAAAUGCCAGUUCUGUCUGAUGAUCAGCAAAACCUGCAAACCAGUGAAGAAGAAGAGCAUUUCUGCAGGAGACCAGGCUAAAGAAGAGCUGCUGUUCGUGAACGACGAGGAGGAGUUCUUCUAUGAGCAAGCGACGCUGAAGUUCAGCUACUGUGUUCAGGACGAGGCAGACUCAUGUGCGACAGGAAAAUGGUCGUAUGAGGAUGAGCCCAUGAAGCCGUUUCGCACAGUCAUGGUGAUCCCCAUGGACAGAAUGGACACCAUCAUGCAGAAAAUGACUGAUUAUCUGACCGUCUGAGCACACUUUAACCUUCCAGGCCAGUUUAACCACAAAUCACCCAAACCAGUGAAAUAAUUUAUUCAUUCUGUACAUAAUCAGCCCACAAACAUAAUAAUAAUAAACAACCCAAACAGA